UCGAGCGAGAAAAUGAAACAAGACUUUACACGUUUAUUUACAAGUUUUACACAGUGUGAAUAAGGGAAAUAACUGAAGAUGGAAGAAUUGAAGAGAAGAUUGGAAUUUAAUAACAUUUCAGUGCAGAUUCAGGCCAUUCGAAAGCUAAAAUUAGACAUCAGCAAAAAGAAAGAGAAAUAUGGAACAAUCAUAGAAUCCACGCCACAGGUGGAUGAACUGACCAUACUUUUAGAGAAAUGUACAGACAAGAACAAUAUACUAGCAGUUACUUGUUGUAAUGCCGUGGUCGAUUUAGUCCAACUAGGAGUCAUUGAAUAUGAUUUUAUCAUGAGAUGUCUUUUGAACUUGGUACCGUCAGCAAAAAACCUAAAUGGAAUUAUACAGGCAAUAACAGCGCUGUUAAAGCUUCAGUUGGCUGUUGCUAUCAACACAAAUCAAGAUGGCACAUUUGUUUCACCAUAUACCUUAAGAUUGCCACCACAUCCUUUCAUAACAGUUUUGAACAACAGACCAGAGUCAUGGCCACAAAUUCUUCAGGAAUUUUCACAUUUGUGUCAUAGUGAGAAUAUAAGUGUGAGAACAAGCUGUAUUUCCUUAAUGGAACCAUUCCUGAAGUUUGUACUCCUAGAACCUCAGCAAAGUCUACAGUUUCUGUCCAUGAGGGUAAACUUACAGCAAACACUUUUGCAGGUUGCUUCAGAGGACAGUGUAUUAAAAUUCCUAGUGAAAAUUUUACCAUGCUUCCAGGUGAACACUCCAGAUUCCUUGACAAUGACUGGCCAGUUUCUGUCAGAACUCCUGUCAAUUGUCAAGAGCCAUCAAGAGUUAUCUGUUCUUGUUAGAUUUGGAUUCUCCCUAUGUUUGCAGAGCACCCAACUGCAAAUAAACUAUUCAAUCUUAGCAAGAAGUCUGCAAAAUUGUAUAAUGAACAGCAAAGUGAAUAUAAUGUCAGACACAAAUAUAGUUGCUAUAGCAACAAUUCUGUCAACCAGUCCUAAAGAAUAUAUUGGUCCAAUAGUCAACAUAGCUAAUUGGGUUUUGAAGGACUCCUCCUGGAACCCUGUUGUUGUUGGAAUGCUUGCCUUACCUACACUUGUACUGGUAACCAUUCCCUCUGUAACACAGACAGGGAACAAGACAGCUCAGCAGCUAGAGCAAGGAAUUAGGUCCUUGCUGUCAACAGUGAAGAAAAUUUUGAUAGACAAAGAAACAAAAAAGAGCAACCAAGAUAACAAUGGAUUUGAGUUCACCAUGACUUCAGAAGGAUACCAGUGUCAAGAAAUGUCAGUUCUAGCUAACCAGAUGUGGACAGAUAUCAGAUAUGCAGAAACGUGGCUAUUGAAUCUAAAGUCAUGUAUUCCAAAGAUGAAGACUGUCCCUGUUAACAUAACCAAUAUGGUGGCAUCACUUUUCCUGCUUUCCAAGACUGAGAUGCUAUCAGACAUAGGAAUACAGACCCUGGUUGAAAUUGCUAAACAGGAUGUUAGUCAGUCACCAAAUUUUCUUCCUUUGAUACUUUGUAAACUUGGCAUGGAGACUAACUGGGACGUAAAACUCAAAAUUCUCAAGUCACUUCCUGCAAUUGCAAGACAUAAGGUUUGUGUUGGACCUGUGAUGAAAACUAUCCAAUCUUUAGGCACCACACCAGCAUUAAGACCUCUGUCCCUGAGUCUGAUGGUAGACCUAUGGCAGUUACAAGACAGAUGUUUUCCUCAUCUGCUGCAGAUGAUUUCAGAUUACUCCACUGGAAGUUAUGAUGUACAGCUGGCUAGAGCUAAGGCUUUGUUAGAAGUCUGUAAAAUAAGACCAGAACAACAUGGGACUGACAUGUUAGGACCUUUGUCAGAUAUUUUAAACACUUUUAGUAAAGAGGAGGAAGGUCCCAUUGCAGCUAUGGCACUUGAGGGUCUUUACUACCUGUGUGAAUCUGAUGUUAUUGACAUCAAGUCAGCUUGGGAUGUGUUGUCUGUUAAACUUAGUACUGAUACAAGACCAGUUGUGGUGGAGAAAAUAUGUGAUCUGUUUUCAUUGGUUCCAGACCAUGCAGUUGACACACCAGAAUAUCAGAAAUUUGUAUUUGACACAGUAAGAAACCUGUGGUUGCUGUCUACAAGUCUGUACGAUAAUGUAUCCCAGGCUGCCUUCCAGGCAUUAUCCAUGUUCCCUGCUGAUCUGUUUAAAAUGUCCCAUCUUCCUCAAACACUGAUAGAAGACUUUAUAGAUCAGGCAAAGAUAAUAUCAGCACAAGGGGAGACAACUCUAACUGUGGAUGAUGUUUGGCCUAACAUUCCAGCCUUACUCUAUGUCAGAUUAUUGAAGCAUAUUAGAAAAGGAAGUCAUAAAGGCUAUGAAGCAUUUCUUACAUCAAUGGUUGCUAAGGAAGUAGAAAAGUUACCAAGGGGGAUUUACCACUCAUCACUACGGCGACAGGGAGCAGCAUCCAAUCAGGGUAAAGCUGUUGGAUCUAUCCCAUCAUUCCUCUUGUCUCAGUACCAGAAGACAAAACAGCCUGGAUUACGACCUGGAUUAGCUGCUGGAUUACUGUUUAGUUAUGAUCCACCAGUAGAAGUUGGGAGAGAUGGUAGGCCGAGAAGACAUUACAUCAUGUCCCAUAGUAAAUCCUUUCAGCAAAUGUUUACAACACUUAUGCAUGAGGUUCCAAUCCAGCCGUCAGAAUGGCACAGAACGCUUGUCAUUCCACAAGGAUGGACAUCAUUUAUGGACAGGUUGUUUACAGCCAUGUUAGAGGGUAGAACAGCAGAGAUUGAACUUCAGUUGAAGAGAGAACAUACAACUGAACAUGAGGCUGAAGAAAAACAACUAGCUGCCUGGCUUUGGGUUAGAGGAGAAAUAACUGGUAUGAUCAAGACAGCUUCUAGGGGAAACCCAGGUAUCCAGUCAAAUUCUAUUUAUGCCUUGGCUGGUUUGGCAGUCACUAUAAACAGAUAUGGAUCCAACUUGGAUAAAGAAAGUCUAGAAGUUGCAGAAGGGAGCACUGAAUAUUUGAGUCAUUCUCAUUGGUUAACAGUUGUCAUGGAUACCAUAAUGUGCUUGGCAGAUGUCAAUCAUAAACCCAAGGGAGCCUUGUUGGGCUUAUGUCAACAGAGAUCAUCAGAUGACAAACUGCCAGCCAGUACAUUAGCCCAGGCAACAGCCAGUGUGGCCCUCAGUCAAAUUGUACCUAUAUUGAUAUCUAAUGAUUCCUCAAGAAUUUUGCCAUGUAUCAGAUUGUUGUUGUCAAGGUUACCAGGAACAAGAGAAGAAUCACCAGUUUUACAGUUUCAUGCAGGACUUGGACUUGGAAUGUUCUUGGCUAGAAUAUUUGAGGAACAUUUCUCUGAUGUUUGUGGUUCACAGGGUAUGGUAGAGAUCUGGAAGACACUUGACAGUUUUGAAGAAUGUUGUUUUUCAACAAAAGACAAUAGACAAGGAUGUUUGCUAGGACUAGCUAUGGCUAUAAGUGCCAUGUGUGAGGAAGGGAAGACCGAAGCCAGAGCACACGUCUCCUUAGUGUUUGACAAACUGUCUGGACAACUUGAAGCUUCAAAGGAGAAAGAUAUAGCUUAUCAGGCUUUGUCUGUAUGCUUGGCAUGUGUAUCUGGUGCAGCCUUCAGCAGUAAUAUCAUAUCACCAGACCAGGUCAACAAGGUUAUUGAUAGCUUUGUCAAGGUCAACACAGAUAAUCCUCAGAUAACAGGAGUAAGUCUGGCCCUAGGAAUGCUGUGUUAUAGUAUCAGUAAAACAGGACAUCCUACUAUCGGUGAAGUGAAGAUCUUAUUGUACGGAAAAUGGAUGGCUACUUUGAAGAAAAUGGAUGAAGAUUCCAUGGUGACUUUGGCUUGUUUAAAUGGUUUGAUUGCUUUGGUUGGAUCUGAAAGAACUUUGAUUCCAGUACAAAGUAAUACUUCCAUGUUAGGUGGGGAUGUAAAUGUAGAUGUAAUUAUCAAACAUGCCAUGGACACUGUUUUAAAGGGAGAUAACUUUGGAAUACAGAGUAACUGUUCUUGGAUGUUAGGACAUCUGUAUUUGUCUGCCUGUGCUGUAGCUGAGACCAGGGCAAGUGUACCACCCAAUUAUUCUUAUUUGCCGGAACACAGCUUUGUAAGGGCUCUCACAGACUGUCUUCUGGAAGCUGCUAAAGUUGGUCCAGAAUCUAUACCACCAGAACUGGUACAGAUAACCUUGACAUCUAUUCAGGAGGAAGUCACUAGAGUGCUGCCACCUGUGAACUGGGCUGGUAUUCUAACUCCGCUGAUGAGGAUUAAUUUCGGUGACGAAGUACAGAAAUUAUGCUUACAGUUGGCAGUUAACCAGAGUAUUGCCUCACCGACAGCUGUCAUGUUCUUAUCCUCAUGGAUGACAGCUCCAUUAUUUAACACAUUAAGUAUUAAUUGUAAACAAACAUUAUACAAGGCCUUGCCACUUUUGAUUAAAUCAGUGGCUCCAUCUGUUAUUAAGACAUUUUUAGAAAGAGGAGGAGUAGACAUUUUGUCUUCUGCUGAUCUGCAGGACAAACAGGAAGUGCUAAAGGGGUUACACAAAUCAUUACAAGUUCCUGACCCUCCAGAUUCUAUUACAAGUGUUCUGUAUCAGUGUCUUGAAUGUCUGUACAAACUUGAUUUAAAGGAGCCAUCUUUGAUGUGUAUAUUUGGUGAAUGUUUUACUGAAGUGCCAGAUCAAAUAUUUGACAAGAUUACAAGUGAUGAUUUAACAGCAGAAGAUUCUUGCUACAAAGGAAUAUUCAUCAGAUGUUAUCUUGUGUCCAAAGGAAAACAACCCAUGGCAACAUUGAAUUCAUGUAUUGAUAAAGCAAUCAACAGUAAUAGUUUAGACACAGCUGAUUUAACAAGGUUAUUACAGAGCACAUUGUACCAGAUAUUACAUUGUCAGUCUGAGUAUACUGGAACAAUUCAGUGUGUCCAGUGGUUCCUAGAGCUGUUAGGACAUACUCGUAAUAUUACCAAUGGUGUGAUGGAAAUUUCUAAAGAUGUUGAGAUGGCACAGGUUUUAGAUUUCUGUUGUAAUAUCGUGUCAAGUGCUCUGUGUUUAUGGACAUCAACUAUAGCUGUGCCAUUUCUGAUGAUUAACAACAACUACUUCUCACUUGAUGUGGAGCAAAGAUGCAACAUAGGAUUCCUGCUACAUCCUGGAUUGUCCUGCCUGCCAUCAUGUAUAGAAAAUAUUCAAAACAAUCCUUGGGAUCAGCUUUCACCAAAUGUGAUUGACUGGAUAGGAAUAAUGGCAUCCUCAUCUGUCAUUCCAGACAAAACAAGGAACAUGGUAAAAGCCAGUGGUAUGAUGCAACGACACAUUAAAGAUUUUCACAAAGCUGCAGUGUGGACAAAGUUUGUACAUGACAGUAUAUAAACAUUUAGGAAAUUAGAUAAAUAAAAUUAUGCUUA